CCAGCCUCCUCAGCAUUCUCAACAUUCUCGACCGCGCGAGGACCGUUCUUUGAAUUCUUGGAAGCCUUGGAGUUCUUAGAAUCUUUGGAGGCUUGCGAGUGGUACGAGGCAAGCGAGUCCUUGCAAUUCUGUCCACAGUUUCCAGCGCUCAGCUUCUUGUGGUUGUCGUCGUGCUUCUUGACAUCAGCGGGGGUGUUGGCGCCCCUGGCCUCUCUGGUCUCGAUGUUGGUCUCAAUGUCGAGAGCCUCAACUGGGGUACCGUCCUGGAGUCCUUCUCCAGCAAGAGCGGUCAGGUCGUGGGGCUGGGCGACAGGCAUGGCAGUGACGACGCCGGUGGCGGUCAAGGUGGCAAGGAAGAGAGUGCUGAAGAAGCGCAUUUUGGCGGUUUAACGGUUUGAAUAUGAAGAAGAUUGAAGUGGUGUUUGUGGUAGAGGAACCGAGAGAGUGUUGAGGCUGGCUGGAGAAGCUGAAGUCUGAUAC